CAGAAGUGUGUCGCAAAUAAUGGAGAAUACUUCUAGGAUUGACAUAUAACGACUUAGCGUGUGCGGCAGCCAUUAAUGUGCGUGUGUGUGGAGCAGUGUGAACGAUUGGUUUUCGUUCGCUACGUUUUCAGUGAUUCAACAGCAGGUGUUACGAUAAUGAUUUGCAAAUCAGCUGAUCGCUAGGUCGAAAAUAAAGGAAUAAAACGCAGGAACAGCUGGUUGGAAGUAACUUUAAAACAAGUAUGGAAAUUUGAAAAGCAGUUAUACCAAUAAUGGAAUCGUCGAAGGAAGAAAUACAAACCGACGCUGCGCUGAUCGAAAGCUUGUCGGCGGAACAAGGCUCGAGAUGCGAAUCGCCGAAGCGCGGUACCACGUUAUCCACCAGCACUAGUAGCUUCGAGGCUUUGGACCCGCACGAUCCGAAUCUGAGCCGUCUGGCGAACACUAUGUUCCAGAAGACCGGCGAGUACCUGCAGGAGGAACUUACGGCCACCCACGCGGACUACAGACUGCUGGAGCGCAUGAAUAAAGAGACGAUCGCCAAAUAUACGGAACUGAGGAUCAUAUCGUCGAACGUGGUGCAGUCGUUGGACUCAUUAAACGAGAAGUAUCACAAACUGCAGCCGAUUCUUGACAAUAUCAAUCAGAUUGACGAUAGUGUCAGCAAGUUAGAGCAAGCUGCAUACAAACUAGCGGCGUAUUCCAAACGAUUGGAAGCCAAGUUCAAGGACCUGGAGAAGGAUAUGAAGAGCAAAUAGGGAGUUGUGUAAUUAUAGAAAUAUAAGGCUUAUUGAUGUGUAACUAAAUGUAAUUAGAUCUUAUAUAUAAAUAAGUAUUACUUAAAUGAAUAAUUAUAAAAAAAGGAAGAAAGCCGAGCAGAACAGUAAGAUACUUCUUUUUUGUACAAUAUAUUUAUUAGUUUAUGAAAUCGCAAACACUUUUUUAGACUUCCUGUAAAACCGUGGUAUCGCGCGUGUUCUUCUUUUACAUAUCACGUGAAAUGUAAAUUGUAUCAUUGACCUAUCAAUUGAAAAAUUUAUCUCAUUUCACGCUUUAUUAGGAGAUGUUGACUUUUCCUCCUCACAAUAUGCUAGUGUACUAUUGUCCGAACAAUAAUGAUACAAAUAUAAAUAUAAUUAAAUGUAAAUAUCCAGAAAAGGUCGAAUCUCGGAUUUCUUUAAAAAGAAACAUGU